AUGCCCCCGCGCAAACGUAAAGAGCUCAGCGACCCCCAGCCUGACAGCCAGGUUGCUCCAAAUAAACGCUCUUCUCGUGCUGCAACUCGCCAGGAACCCGCAACAAGCUCGACGACGCCUGCACAGGACGUCGUCCCACAGACCAAAAGCAAGGGCAAGGCAAAAGCAGCCGCAUCUAUACCAGAGGAAAAGAGACUCGCUCGUUUCAGAGCCUCGUGCCCAAAGACUAUCGAAGAGAGACUUGCCCGUGCUCGAUCUCAACGGUUUUAUAUGAUUGAACGUAAUCGCGAAGGUCUCAAGGAAGAGUUCAAGGUACUAGGAAGCACCGGAAACGUCUACACCGUCACGAUUGCUCAGUUGCCAACCUGCGACUGCCCAGACGGUGCAAAGGGAAACCACUGCAAGCAUAUACUAUUCGUGUUCACGAGGGUCCUCGGUGUCAGCGAACUCAGCGGAUUGUACUACCAAAAAGCUCUCCUUACAUCCGAACUCGAGCAAAUCUUUGCCCAAGCGCCGCCUUCUCCAACUUCUACUGCCAGUUCUCGCGUCGUCUCUGCUUAUUCAAAGGCCGCGGGCAAGGCAGGUGCAACAAUCGAGACGCCAGAGACGGGACGAAAAGUAGACGGUGAAGAUUGCCCGAUUUGCUACGAGGAAAUGGAGGGGAAGACGGAACAAGAUCUCGCGCGCAUCGUCUUCUGCGGCACUUGCCAAAACGGGCUUCACACUGAUUGCUUUAAAAUGUGGGCCAUGAAGAAGCCUGUGACUUGUGUCUAUUGCCGUGCGCCAUGGGCUGCUCUGGGUGGUGAAGAAAACGGAGCGACUCAUGACGAGGGAUACCUCAAUCUCGCAAGCGCCGCUGGUAUGAGUACACUUCGUGACACCUCUACAUACUAUCAGGGACCAAGAAGGGGAAAGCCAUAUUGGAACCGUGUGCGCGUGCAGGCAGAAGAAGCAAUAACAAUAUCGGCAAAAGCUCUUCAAGAGAAACUCCAGCACCUAGUCGCAUUCAAUGAUCCACAAUUUGUCAUAUCCGAAGUCAGGCGCUUUGCCACGACGCUGUCCCACCGAGAUCUUAAAAGGGAGAUUGAAUCAAAACCGCGUGCUGUUAUCAAUAAAAUGCCGGUCGAGCUGCUCGCCGGAAUCUUCGAGUUGGUCCAGUCGUUGGAAUCCAAGAGCGACUACGGGGUGCCAACGUCGCAGCUUAUAAUGGCAUCAGUUUGUCAACGAUGGCGGGAUGUAGCCACCCAAACGGCUGCCCUCUGGAGAAAGAUCUUGAUCCGAGAAAGCGAGCCGUAUCCCCAGACUCGCCUGUGGCUUCAACGAUCUGGUACCGCACCGCUCUUCAUCGUCUUGGAUUGGACCGAGGAUGGUGAUGGUCCAGCCCGCUGGGUUAUAGCUUCCUGGUCAAAGGUGUACAAACUCCUCAAGGCGGAGAUGCACCGAGUGCAGAGCCUUUUAUUUGCAGUCGACGAUCAGGACAUCAUCUUUGCAGCGGUAAAGUCUCUGCAGCUGGUGGAGGCGCCUCAGCUUUCGCGCCUCGAGCUCAGUCACUAUGAAGAACUUGAUCCCGGGCGGGAUCCGGGGAUUAUGGUCGAAAUGGCCCGUUUAUUCACGGGAAAAGAUGGGAAAACCGUCCCAAGGCCCUUGGAGAAUGUCACUUUAUGGGGGAUACACUGUGAUUGGUCCUCGUCUCUAUUCUCCCAUCUACGCAGCUUGACACUCGCUUACCACCACGAGGAUGUGCGACCAACGACCACGGAAUUCUUCAAUAUGAUCACAUCCUCCGCGGAUGUCCUUGAGCAUCUCACUCUUGAGUGCUCCGGCCCAGCAGACCCGACAGAUGCGGAGAACUGGCCAACAGAGGCCAUUUCGCUUCCAGCCCUGCGAGAGCUAAAGUUGGCGUUCAUUAGACCAGCUUUAGUCCAAAGUUUGCUUCUCGUUCUUGAUGCACCUACGCUAAGUCACCUCCAUCUUGACCUAGACGAUGAGUACAACGAUUCAACGGCGGACUGGAACCGCGUUGUCGAAGUUUUAUGCACAGGAGGUCUUUUCCUCUACCACCCCCAGGUCGUCGAAUUGAGGAUCAAUUUCAACUACCUCGACCCGGACUUGUGGUUGAUGUCCGAGACCAUGCAGCAUUCGGGCCUAAAUCUUCCACAAUGGCUUUCUCAAACACUGGAAAGUCAACCAUUUCUCCAGAACGCCCUAAAACUCGCGAGAGAGACUCCAGGCGUACUGCUGCCGAAUCUCAAGACGUUUCGCGCCCAUGGCUUAGAUGGUGAGACUAUGCGCUCAUUUGUCGAGGGCCGGAAGUCGGCUGGAUAUCCCCUCAAGGAGCUAUACUACAGCGAUGAAUCGAGCAUCAAGAAGAGCGAUAGAACAUGGCUCAGAGCAAAUCUAGAGGUUUUUGAAGAAUUUGAGGAUACGGACGACGAAGACGAAGAAGUUGAGGACGAGGAAGAAGAUGAAGAAGGCGAAGGAGAUGAAGAAUGGGAAGACGAUGAGUGA